AUUCAACCAUGAAACUUUGGAUAAUAUUAGCACUUGUGUCAGUUAACUUGGCAUGUGUAGCAAAAGUUAAAAUGGAUAUUUACUAUGAAUCACUUUGUCCCGACUCCAUGCGUUUCUUUAGUGACGAGUUGACACCGUUGUACAAUAAUUUCAAACAGCACAUGGACAUUACUUUCAUACCGUUCGGAAAGUCAAACAGUUACGAAACAGCAGAGUCAGAAAUUGAAUUCGAGUGCCAACAUGGACCUGACGAGUGUUUCGGUAAUAAAGUUCAAGGUUGUAUGCUUUCUCGCAUACUUGAUCAAGAUACGCAAUUUGCUUAUUUAUCAUGCCAAAUGGUUAUCGGUGCAGAUAGAACGCAUCAAACAUGUGUAGAACAAUUUGGUUUUGAUUGGAAUGAAAUAGUGCAAUGCACACAAAGUGAAUUUGCAACUAGGCAACAGCUGGGCUAUGAACAAAUAACUACACCCGUUCUUCAACAGACUAAUUGGGUUCCAACAAUUGCAUAUAAUGGACGGAUAGAUGAGAAUUCAAUUGGCGGACGUGCACCUCCACUUAAAGAACUUCUCUGCGAUUUAAUCUAUAAUACAAAUCCAGCAUGCAAAGUCAAAAGAUAUUAAAUUUUAAUAUCAUUCUUGAUACUAACGUACCUACUUUCCCGCUGUUCGAGACAUUAUCACGUUUUUUAUUUACUGAAAUAAAAUAAUGUUUAAGUUGAAACAUGUUAUCAAAAAUGAUUUUCAAUGUUUUUCCGUGAUAUCUUUCAGUUUUAUCUAUUUCUACGCGUUCAAAAGUAACAGU